CUCCGAACACACUUGAAUUGUGCUAUAAGCCUAUAACCACCCAUUUCCUAUUGUUGCAAUAUAGGUUUGGAUCCAAUUCAGAAAUCAUGAAUUCCUCAUCAACCCAUCCAAAUGGGCAAGGAAGUUACAUAGAUCGGCCAGCCAUACAUGUACAGGAGAACUCCUCCUCCGUUUACUCCGACAAUGCCAAGUAUAAUACGGUCCCUUGGUCAAUCGGGCUCUUCGGCUGCUGCUCGGACAUUAAUAUCUGUUGCUUGUCAUGUUGGUGCCCAUGCAUCCUGUUCGGGCGUAUUGUAGACAUAGUUGACAAGGGAAAUACUUCAAGCACAGCAAGUGGAGCCAUUUACACGGUAAUUGCAUCUCUGUUGGGCUGUGGCUGCUUGUACUCUUACCGCUACCGUGCUAAAAUGAGGGAGCAGUUCCACUUGAAGGAGAGUCCUUGCGGGGAUUGCUGUGUCCACUUCUGUUGCGAGAACUGUGCGCUAGCUCAGGAGUACCGUGAACUCGAGCAUCGUGGAUUCGACAUGUCUCUGGGUUGGGAAGGAAACAUGGAGAAGCAAAGCCAUGGAGUGCAAAUGACUUUGGCGCCGCCAGCGUUUGAAGGAGGCAUGAGUCGUUAGAUUGGGAAUAUAUACCAAAUUUUGCAUUGAAAUACAAAACGAAGAUUACGAGUGUGUAGCAAUUUAGUAAAUUACAUUGGAAUAAUGCCAUUUGGGAUUUAAUACCAAAUAAACUUUAUCACUUUGUAUGUUUUUAUAGUGAUUAUUGGUUCAUACCAACAGAGCACUGUAAUGAAUUCAAGAAUAAAGUAUUCAUAAAAAAAAAAAAGAAUUCAAGAA